AUGCAGAACUAUACUAUAAUUGUGCUGGAGAAACAACUGUUGCAAGUUUUUCAGGCAUGCAGUGAUGUUGUAGCAGUGCGCAGGAUCUGUUCUUUGAGUAUAAUUAGUGUGUAUUUUCAUGACAUGCUUCAUUUUAUGACUGGUGCAUACUUAGAUCUACUUCUUACAUCGCUUGUGGAUGGUGCACGAGCAGCCCGAAACUAUUGUGUGUUUGUGAUGUGUACAAAAUUGGAUCGUGCACUACGUCUUAUACCGUACAAAGUUGUACUGGACGAAGAGAGCGAAGGCCAAUGCAUGCGCCAUAUCAUACAGCCACCACCUGGUUUGAAAAGGUACGAUUUAAUUCGACGAUUUAACGCAAAUGUACCGUACGAUGGACUCACACACCCCGACAUAUCAGAGGGAUUUUUCACUGAGAGCAAGGAGAAGACGAUCGUUGGUUGUGUGGAAUCGGUUGUUGCCGAGAAUUUUGCUCAAGAAAUCCACAAAUGCGAAGCUCAAUUGCAGUGCCUGCGCCGUCUUUUUGCAUCGAAAAGUGGUUUCCGAGCUUUCACUACAGUUCCAGGGAUUCGUGAAAAAUUAGGCGAUUUAGUGAUCCGGAUGCUGAACAUAUCGAACGAAUGCAUUGAUUAUGCGACCGUCGAGAUGCUCUGCUCAUUGAUGCAGCCGUUACAUCGAAACAGCGAACUAAAGCUGGAACAACUGAACAAGCAAUCGUUGCUUGCUACGCCCCAAUUCGUGGAACAUUUGCUGGAUUUGAUUGUCAAGCAUGUGGAACGAAGAACGGGUGCACUGGUAAUUGGCAGUAUGCUUGAUUUUCUCACUUACGCAAUUUGUGCACCAUUCAGCGAAACAACACUGGGCGCGAUAUUCGAUUCAUUGCUCGAGAUGGUUGCUGCACGUGGGCCAAGCUUCUAUCGGCUUUUUCAAUAUCCCUCAAUGACCAUUGUUAAAGGUGCCGGUAUGGUGAUGCGUGCUAUUAUUGAGGAAUCAACGGUGGAUAUCUCGAAACGGAUGCAAAUGCUUUCGUUAACAGAGGGAGCAUUUCUAAGACAUCUUCAUAUGGCCCUGCUCAGUGUUGGCCGUGAUCUUCGUGUUCUGGCAAACAGGCAGCUCAGCGGUUAUUUGCUAUCGUUGUGGAUUGCCGAUAACGAUGCAGCUGUGGAUCUUUUAUCACGAUGUUUGCCUCGUGGAUUGCUUGAUUAUUUGGAGUCUAUGGCGAAGCCUAAUGGUACCGAAAUAGACUAUUUACAGCCACGAAACAACUUGGAAAUAGCAAAAUCAGAAACAAAACAAAGUCGAAUAAUGGUAAAUUUUCAUGAUUUGGCACUUUAUAAUGAAGAGAAAUUGUUGUUUUCCAGUACUAAUUGCUUCUUUUGGCCCGAUUUGGAAUCCCUGAAUAAAAUUAAUGAAUAUAGGUUGUUUUUGCAGGAUUUGGGUCCAGUGGUGCUACGUAAGAGGCGACAGCGAAUAAAAAGUGGAGUGAAUUGGAAAAUGUUUUGCUUCCAGUUCGCGAAAGAUCAUUGUAAAGCGGAUUUGAUAUGGAAUGAAACGACACGUGAAGAGUUUCGUCGUUCGGUUGAGGAUGAAUUACGAAUACUGGAACAGGAAAAAGAGCUCGCACCCAGCAAUAUACCUAUAUCAUGGAAUCAUACUGAACAUAAUAUUGCUACCGUUAUUGCUACCCAUAUCUAUCAUAAUCUCAACUGGUUUUGCCCCGUAGUUUCUUCUUUGCUAGUUUGUCCAGGCGGAUAA